AACAAAAAAAAUGUUUGUAAAAAAUUGGAUAAAAAAUUUAAAUUUUAAUUUUUUGAGCCAGGUUGAUAGGGAAUUUUGUUAGGAAUUGAACGAGGUAUGGCAUUCAACUUUUUUGCAACUAUUGCACAAGGUAUAAGAUAAACGCAGGCUAGUCGAGUAUUCCAGCAAUUACAGAAUCUAAAUAUCACUCAUAUGAACUUGAACCAUUAACGGUGUUUAAUGCCAUCAAGCACUUCUGUCAUUAUCUAACAGGUAGGUUAGGUUAAAGUCCUUUUGGAGAAUUAUCAACCCGUGAAGACACCCAAAGAAUAUUUGGAAAAUCCGAUUAGAGGUAGAAAGAGAAUGCAAGUUGUAAUGGGUUGGUCUGGAUGAUAAGUUCCUAGAAUGUUUGCAGUUUAUGCGAGUGCAUGAGGUAUUCGAGCGGUCUUCCAAACCAUGCUCACUUCUCAUUCUGGGGAAAAUUUCUGGUGUACCACAAUAUAGCAAUUGAUUAUAUAAAUAAAAAUUAUAAGUAUUAAUUUCGUGGGCAACUUUUGAAUCUCUUGAGAUUUUAUUGAAAUCGUAGAUUCUAACGGCUAUCCCAAACGCACUCUUCGACUCUUCUGAGUCAGUACUCGUCCAAUGAAAUAAAGUGAAUUUAAUUCUUCUAACUUUUAAUCGACCCUUUGGUCGUUUCGCAUCUUCCGAUUACCCAAAGGUGUAAGGUGAAAACCGAACUUGACCUUUCUCAAAGAUAUUACUGCCCGUGCCAUUUGACAAUUGACAGCCGAUGUGUAAAGAAGCUUGAGUGUGGCCUCGAAACCAUAUUUUCGGGCACGCGUAGUUUGUUUAUUAAUAGCAAAUGAUAACGAAACCAUGGCUAUUCUUAUUAAGGGGUGUUCUCUCCAAAAUUUGUCUUAGUAGCGUCGUGUAUGUGGUCGAAGGAACACCAUGGAGUUGCAAAAUUGUUACACACAUUCGCUGUACAAGAUCAUUGUCUUGUGCUGCAUUUUGACUAUCACGUUUUUUCUAAUAUAUCCAUUGAAUUCCUCUUGGAAUGCAAAUAAUAAGUUAUAUCCGCCUACCACGCGAGUUUCUCGAGUUUCGAAGAAGACUGAACCGCAGAAAUACUAUGUGAAAACAUCCAUGUGCCACAUUCCCUUCGUUGAUCCUUUCAACGACGAAGCUAUGGAGUUAUACAAACCGCAAACUCUAAUCACCUGCUCGAAUGAGACCGAUCUCAUAUCAACCAAAUACAAUAAAUUUAUUAAACGGCAUGUUCUGCACAUCGACGACGAAGUCGCCCAAAAAUUGCUUAAUUUCACAGAUACUGAUUAUAAUUGCUUUUACCGCGAAAUCAAAUAUGGAAGUCAUGCAGAGACUUACGACAAUCUUAAGGGCAAAAAGUAUUUCACGAGUGGUUACGAGGUGCCAGUCCACGUGGAGGGAAUAAUCGUCGAGUGCCAGACUGCUGAGGAUCCGAUAGUUGUCCUCCAGAAGGACGCCUUCACCUUCAUCCAGCAUCGGCCGUUGCCCAAGGACCUCAUAAAACCCAGGGCAGCUCGGAAGCCCAGUGUAAUAAUGUACGGUAUUGACUCUCUUUCCCGGAUAAACUUACGCCGAACUAUGCCCAAAGUUUUCAACUUUCUCCAGGGCCCAGGAUGGUACGAGAUGCAAGGAUACAAUAAGGUGGCCGACAACUCAUUUCCUAAUAUACUCGCUAUUCUCAGUGGAUAUUCGGCCGGUACGGCCAAAGAAAAUGUGUGCGAUACUGAUGAUGAAGGCUGCUUAGACAAAAUGCCCAUGAUAUGGAAGUAUUUCAAGAAUGCCAGUUACUUGACAGGAUAUGCAGAGGACGAGAGUAACUUGAAUCAUUUCACCUAUAGAAAGCCCGGAUUCUCUAAGAAGCCGGUGGACUACUACUUUCGCCCGUUGCUUAAGGCACUAGAGUCCGAAAUGGAUGAGUACCGAUUGCCGGAAUAUGACUUCAUGCGAUACUGUCUGGGACGCAGGAUUGCGAAUCGUUAUAUCUACGACUAUGCCCUGCAGUUCACUCAGCGUUUUGUCCACGAUCGACCCAUAUGGGGAAUGUUCUGGUCAAAUCACUUCAGUCACGAUGAUCCAUUUCUGCCGUCGGCCAUGCAGGAAAAGAUUCUGGGAGAUCUGCUCGAUAUGCAAGUGGAUGGAGCUUUGGAAGAAAUGAUAAUGAUAUUUUUCGCCGACCAUGGAACAAGAUUUGGCAAGUUGACUACUCUGAAGGAGGGCUAUUUGGAGGAGCGGCUGCCCAUGAUGUUUAUAUAUCUGCCCCCCUGGUUCCGUGAGACAUAUCCAUCUUAUGUGAGGGCACUGGAGCUAAAUCAGCACAGGCUUAGUUCCAACUUUGACCUCCACAAUACACUCAAACAUAUCAUAGAGAUUGGAGGUACCCCAGAUGGUCAAAAGCUACCCAAGUCCUUCGACUGCCCCACCUGCCAGUCGCUGUUCUAUCCCCUGCCGGAGAGUCGUACCUGUUCGGAGGCGGGCAUUGAGGAGCACUGGUGCACCUGCGAACCCUACAAGACUAUUACGGGACUGAGUUGGACCACUCCAAUUGCCCACAGUGUGAUCGAUCGAAUGAACGAGUAUUUCGUUCAAAAGAACCUAACAAGCCUUUGCAGCAAUCUGACAUUAAACUAUAUCCAUAAGACUGAGUUGAAAACGGGCCUGAACAUUGAUUGGCAUCAAGAAGUAAAGGAAAUGGAAAGUGCUGUUUAUCGUACAAAGUUCAAAGUGAAUCAGAAUAGUGCUGACUUCCAAGCCACAGUGGUCUACCAUAAUUCCACCAAAUAUGCCGAAGUAGAUGUGGAGAAAAUCAGCAGAACGAACUCUUACAAAAAUGACUCUACUUGCAUUGAUAAUAAGCUUUCGAAACUAUAUUGUAUCUGUUUCAUUGACCUCAACGAAAACUCCUAAGUACAAAAUAAAGUUUAAACCUUUUUGUUA